AUGAUUGAAAAAGAAGAAGAUCUUUUUUGUUCUUUGUAAUUAUUUGAUAAAGAGCUUAUCAAAAAUUAAAGACUUUUGUGCCCUCUAGGUAUCAAAAAUUUUGAAUCAAAAGCCAAAAUAAUAAUGAUGAAUUUUAAGAAAGCACCAGAAAAUAUUUUAGAAAAUUAAAAGUCAAAGAAAGAAUUUGUUGAAUCUGUUUUAAUGACUUAAAUCAAAUCACUUGAAUAACUCUAAAAAUUCUUCAUCAAUUAAAAUCUAAUGUUGUUCAAUUAUUGGAGUAUUUGA